AGUCAGUUGAAAUUAUGUUGGUUUUCAUAAACUUUUGGAUUUGGGUUUUUACUGUUAUAAUCCAAUGAUGAUGAAGGUCUGUCAGCAUUCAAAUUCUCGUCUUCUCCAUUCACAUAUUCAUCAGAAAUGAGAUUUUCUUUAACGACAAAGUAAAAUUGGUCAACAUCUCUCGGGACUGAAAGCCCAUUAAACGUCACUGUGCGCCCCUUUGAACCGAUCUGACAUCCAACAACCAAAGGCCCAAUUGAAGAUCAGUGGUUUAGGGUUUCUCUAUACCCAUUUCCACUUUAUUGCAAUUUGCAAUCGAAGAAGGGAGUGGAUUGAUCAUCCGACUUCAAUAUUCAUUUGAGAAAGUUCAUAUGGGUACGAACCAAAAUACCAAAUCCGCACACAAUGAAAGCGUUGCUCCUGCAACUGCUUUGGCUUACCUUGAUCCUAAAUACUGGGACGAGCGUUUUUCUAAGGAAGAGCAUUAUGAAUGGUUUAAGGAUUAUUCUCAUUUUCGUCAUCUCAUACUUCCUCUUCUCAAACCUGAUUCAUCAGUAGCUUGGAACGUCAUCGUAUUGGAAUUGGGUAGUGGAAAUUCGAAACUUUCUGAGGAAUUGUACAACGAUGGAAUAACUCAUAUAACAUGCAUUGAUUUGUCUGCUGUUGCCGUCGAGAAAAUGCAAAGACGUUUACGUUUGAAGGGUAUGAAAGAAAUAAAGGUGCUAGAAGCUGACAUGCUAGACAUGCCUUUUGGCAAUGAGUGUUUUGAUGUCGUUGUCGAGAAAGGAACCAUGGAUGUUCUGUUCGUGGAUGGUGGUGACCCAUGGAAUCCUCAACCAUCCACGCGAGCGAAGGUCAUGGCAAUGCUGGAAGGUGUUCAUAGGGUUUUGAAGAAAGAUGGCAUUUUUGUCUCAGUUACAUUUGGCCAGCCGCAUUUCAGGCGUCCCUUAUUUAGUGCUCCAGAAUUUACAUGGUCAUUUGAGUGCAGUACUUUUGGCGAUGGAUUUCACUACUUCCUCUAUACCUUGCGUAAGCAAUGGUAACAAAAGUUCAUGUAUAUCUUUCGUUUCUGAGAUGUUAAAUGAAACCAAUAAUGAAAUCGAUGAUACCAGGGAAGGCGAUUGCCUAGUGAUAAAGGUGAGGGUGAGAGGUUUGAUGAGCCAUCAAUCUGUUUACUUCAAGACGAGCUAGAGGGUGAAGAUUACAUGUUCAGAACCGACGUUGAUGAGCUGAAUUGCUAGAAAGUAUUAUUAUUGUAUCCAUUUUUGUUUGAUGAAUUGUACAUUAAAACCAAUCAUAGUUCCAUUAAACUGUUAAUCUUCCUGUGUCUCCUUUUCUUUUUUUUUU